CUCAUAUCAUAUCCGGAAAAUCAAACAACAACCCCUCAGGAAAAAAGACAUCAUCCCCCAGGAUCCUCACCCAUUUUGUCCGGAUAAACGGAAAAAAGAAAAAGAGAAGAAAAAAAAAAACCAUCUGAAUUUCUCAUCUCGGAAAAAAUGGAGGAAAACUCGACCAACGUAGCCGAAGCCGAACGCCUCCUCCGAAUCUCCGAGAAGCUCCUGCAGGGCCGGGACUUCAACGGGUCCAGGGACUUCGCGAUCCUGGCCCAGGAGGCCGACCCGUUCCUCGACGGCACCGACCAGAUCCUCGCCGUCGCCGACGUUUUGAUAGCGUCGGAGAGGCGGAUCAACAACCACCGCGACUGGUACGCCAUCCUCCAGCUCGAUCGGCGCUCCGACGACCUCGAUCUCAUCAAGAAGCAGUACCGCCGGCUCGCCCUCCUCCUCCACCCCGACAAGAACAAAUUCCCCUUCGCCGACGCCGCGUUCCGUCUCGUCGCCGAUUCCUGGGCAGUCUUUUCGGACCCGCGAAGGAAAUCGCUGUACGAUAACGAACUCAGCAUACUCGGAAAGGUCGAUCUCGUCGGCUCGAGGAGCGACGGGGGAUUUCAGCAGCAGAAGUUGCCGGUGAGACGCGGCGGAGGUAGCGGCGGCGGGGGCGGAGACGACGACGACGUCGAGGAGGUGGCGUCGUCGAGCUUCUGGACGGUUUGCCCGUACUGUUACAACCUGUACGAGUACGCUAGGGUUUACGAGGACUGUUGCCUGAGGUGUCAGAACUGCCAGAGGGCGUUUCACGGCGUCACGAUCCCGACGUUACCGCCGCUGGUGGCGGGGAGGGAGGCGUACCACUGCUGCUGGAGCUUCUUCCCGGUGCCGUCCGCGAUCGCGAAUUCGCAGGGCGUGAAAAAGGCGGCCGUGACGGUCACCGAUCGGCAGCCACAGCCGCGGUCGGUGUUUUCGAACACCGGGGCGGGCGGAAUGAGUGGCGGCGGCAGUGAUGGGUUUGUAGAUUUUUCGCAGGGAAAUGAUCAGGCACAGAAGAAGAGGGGUAGGCCUAGGAAAAAUGUACAUCCUUGGUAGCUUUGUUAGAAUUUCUAACAAGAGGGAGGAGAUUGUUCAAGGGAAUGGCUAUGCAUGUGUGAGGGGAUAUGAGGAGAGGGAGGAAAACAAAAACCCAUUUUGGUAGGAGUUUUAGGAGACUGAAGCUGCUCAAAUUUGGCAUUUAAGCUGAGGUAUUGUAGUAGUAGUUGUUGUUUGUAGAAUUUGGUUUUCUUUUUUUCUUUUAUGUUUUAAUUUAUGCUGACCAUGCUAUAGGUGAGUGUAAUUUUCAAUGAGCAAGGAUGUGAUGUUGUUGGCUAUUGAAUCAGGUUGUAGUUUUGCUGAAUUAUGCUACAUUCUUUGGAUGUCAACGGAGAAAACUUUCUAGGUCAUUGUCACCUAUAGCACAUUUAACAAAGUUUUAAUCAGGUUGUACAACUUUCGUUUGCUGGAAA